AUUUUCAGGAAUAAUGGCUCUUUGGGUUGAUAAAUAUCGACCACGUGAACUCUCUGCUCUAACCUAUCAUGUUAAACAAGCUAGAGAUCUCAUUGAAAUCGUUAAGACCGGUGACUUCCCACAUCUCCUUCUGUAUGGCCCAAGUGGUGCCGGCAAAAUGACCAGGAUUUUUUGUAUUUUGCGAGAACUUUAUGGCAGUGGUGUGGAGAAAUUGCGGAUGGAUGCACGUAGUUUCCAAGCUCCAUCUGGCAAAAAACUGGAAAUUCAAACCUUUACUAGCAACUAUCAUGUUCAGCUUAGUCCUGGAGAAGUUGGUAUCUACGACCGCGUCGUUGUUCAGGAAAUUAUCAAACAAAUGGCACAAAUGCACCAGAUUGAUGUCGCAACACAGCGAAAUUUCAAAGUAGCUGUCUUGAUGGAAGCAGAUCAGUUGACUCGAGAUGCACAAAAUGCGUUGCGUCGUACGAUGGAGAAGUAUGCGCAAUCAUGCCGGCUUAUACUGUGUUGUGAUUCAAUUAGUAAAAUUAUCGAUCCUUUGAAAAGUCGGUGCUUGGCGGUUCGUGUAGCUGCACCUUCAGAUGAUGAUGUGGCCAAAGCUGUUAGGUUUGUUUGCAAGCAGGAAAACGUUUCUGUUCCUGAUAGCAUUGUCGAUGCCGUUGUGCAAAAAGCUAAUGGUAAUAUGCGACGAGCUUUAUUGAUGAUCGAAGCAGCAAAAGUACAGAACUAUCCAUUCAAGGAAAACCAAGAAAUCCCUGAUCCGGAAUGGGAAGUUUAUUUGCGAGAAACAGCUAAAAUGAUGAUACAGCAACAAAACCCUGAAAACCUUCUCAAAAUACGUAAUAGAUUUUACGAAUGUAUUGGACACUGCAUACCUCCAAAUAUUAUUUUUAUGAAAUUAUUACAAGAACUACUAAAAUCCUGUGACAAUAAAAUCAAGGUCGAGGUGGUUGCUGCGGCAGCUGAAUAUGAGCAUCGCCUAAUACGUGGUAACAAAGCUAUAUUCCAUCUGGAAGGUUUUGCUGCAUCAUUCAUGGAAAUCUAUCACAAACAUCAAAAUGAGAAUGCAAUGGAGCAUUAAUGGAACAUUCUGCACGUAAGUAAAUUUUGUUUUAGACAUAUUUCUUUCGUU